AUGAGAGCUGAAUCAGCCGAAAAAGCUCAGAUGGAAACCGCACAACACGCAACGGCAGAACCUGAGGUAACAUCGAAGAGUCACCACUCGCUUGGAGAAAAGAAUGAGCAAGAGGACCCACAGAAGGAACAAAAGCAAAAGGGAGAAAAGAAGAAGGAACAAGAGAAGAAAGAGAAACGUACGACUCGGGAGAGGCACAAGGGUGAUGCACUGAUCAUCGAAGCGAAAGAUAAGACGUCCUAUGCGGCUCUUCUCAAGCGGGUGAGGGAGGACCCAGAGCUGAAGCAGCUGGGUGAGGAUGUCGCUAAGACGAGGCGCACUCAGAAAGGUGAGAUGAUCUUCGAGCUGACAAAGGAUCCGUCCGUCAAGAGCUUGACCUACUGUGAGCUCGUUACUAAAUCCUUGGACAGCGUAGCGAAUGUGAGAGCCGUGUCGCAGGAAGCAACAAGUCGUCGUAGUACAAGAUAG